AUGGAACAUCAGAGGCCAGGGUGCAAAUAUGCAGCUGCUCUCCUAGCCUGGUCCUUGCUCUUCUCUGUCCUCCAAGCCACCAGGGUCAUUGCUCUGCAGGGAUCCCCAUCAAUGCCACAGUUAGAGGAUGUCAUCUCAGAGAACAUCAGCUGGGCUGCCGAGGAAGCUCAAGGCAAUGAAUCCUCAGAGCACGCGUUCUUCUCUCUGGAUUAUCAGCAUGUCCAAGUCCCCUUUGAAAUCACCCUCUGGAUCAUGCUUGCAUCCCUGGCAAAAAUAGGGUUCCAUCUCUAUAACAAGCUGCCUUCUGUUGUUCCCGAAAGCUGCUUAUUGAUAUUUGUAGGACUCAUCAUGGGGGGAAUCAUCUAUGGUUUAAAUGACAAAUCACCACCUGUUAUGGACAGCGACAUCUUUUUCCUGUACCUCCUGCCACCCAUUGUCCUCGACGCAGGUUACUUCAUGCCCAGCCGUCCCUUCUUUGAGAACAUUGGUACAAUCCUCCUCUAUGCAGUUGUGGGGACAAUAUGGAAUGUGUUUGGGAUUGGCUUCUCCCUGUACGGCAUCUGCCAGGUGAAAGCCUUUCGCCUGCAGGAUGUGUCAUUGCUCCACAAUCUCCUGUUCGGCAGCCUGAUUGCUGCUGUGGAUCCUGUGGCAGUGUUGGCUGUCUUUGAAGAGAUACACGUCAAUGAAAAGCUGCACAUUUUGGUCUUUGGUGAAUCACUCCUGAAUGAUGCAGUGACAGUGGUACUCUACAAGCUAUUUCGAUCAUUCUGUGAAAUGCCAACCAUCAAAACCAUGGAUGUUUUUGCUGGAGUUGGACAGUUCUUUGUGGUUGGGCUAGGAGGAGUCCUAGUAGGUCUUAUAUUUGGGAUGACCGCUGCCUUUACCACGCGAUUCACCAAGGAUAUCCGUGUCAUUGAGCCCCUCUUUGUCUUCCUAUACAGCUACCUUUCCUACCUCACUGCUGAAAUGUUUCACCUUUCAGGGAUUGUGGCCAUCAUUGCUUGUGCCAUGGGCAUGAAACGCUACGUGGAGGCCAACAUCUCUCUGAAGUCUCAUACCACAGUCAAAUACUUCAUGAAGAUGUGGAGCAGUGUUAGCGAUACCCUCAUCUUCAUCUUCCUUGGAGUUUCCACCAUUGGAGAAAAUCAUGAGUGGAACUGGCCAUACAUUUGCUUCACUGUCAUUUUCUGUCUUGUUUGGAGAGCAUUAGGGGUUCUUGUGCUGACUUUCUUUGUGAACAGAUUUCACGUGAACACCAUCACCAGCAAAGACCAAUUCAUUAUAGCAUACGGGGGUCUCCGAGGAGCCAUUUGUUUCUCUUUGGUCUUCUUGCUGCCUGACUUUCACAGGAAGAAGCUCUUCAUUGCAGCAACAACUGUUGUCAUCCUCUUCACUGUGUUUGUACAGGGAAUGACCAUCCGUCCUCUUGUUGACUUGUUGGCUGUGAAGAGGAAAAGAGAGAGUGCUCCCACAGUGGGAGAACAGAUCCAUAUUCGGUUCUUGGAUCAUUUGCUGGCUGGCAUUGAAGAUAUAUCUGGACACUGGGGACAGUAUUACUGGAAAGACAAAUUAGAGUAUUUUAACAGCAAAUACCUGCAGAAGAUCCUGCUUCGAGAAUACGACCAGCCAAAAUCAAGUAUUGUGCUGCUCUAUGAAAAGCUGGAGCGGAAACAUGCCAUUGAGCUGGCAGAAGCAGGGCAGCUGGGGCACGGCCUGUCUCACCCAUCCUUGCUCAACAAUGACAGGACUGUCAUAACAGACACAAAAUUGGAGGAUACUCUGAAUCCGGCUGUCCUGGACAACAUACAGGAAAUAUUGGCAAGGAACCUGUAUCGAAUAAGGAGAACGGGGCCAGCAUACAACAGGCACACCCUUCCUGGAGAGACAGAGCCCAUGGAGCAUGCCAAGGAGAUCCUGAUCCUCCGGCACAAGAGCCUGCAGGUGGAAGUGAGAGGAAGUGAUACGGUCAGCUCCAGGAAGGAGAAGGAUGACUCCUACUCGGUGCAGGGUGAUUCCAGCAUGCAGCUCAAGCUGUGCCGCUCCUUCACUGUGGGGAAUGCAGAAAAGCUUCUGGAAGUGAAGCAGAAUCGGUCCAAGUCAGUGUGUGUUAUCCCACCACUGCAGCCCAGCGGUACAGCCUGGGGGCAGAAGGAGGAAGUGGAGCAAGAGCUGGCUUUGGAGAAGUGA